AUGCCGUCGGGGAGGGUUAUGGGAGAUAUGUUGAUUCUCCCCGAUGGGAAUGUCCUCAUAAUUAAUGGCGCGAAAACCGGGACCUCUGGUUGGGACGGGGCGGAGGAACCAAAUUUCACUCCGGUGCUUUACAGCCCGGAUAAACCGAAAGGGGAAAGGUUUACUGAGUUGACACCAACAAAAAUUGCCAGAAUGUACCAUUCCACUUCUGCGGUUUUGCCCGACGCUAAGAUCUUAGUAGCGGGAAGUAACACCCACGAUUCCUACGAUAUGAAAGCCAAAUACCCAACCGACAUGCGCGUCGAGAAAUUCUCGCCGCCGUACUUAGCCCCCGCACUGCAAAAGUUUCGGCCGCAGAUCGUGGAGAAGCUUUCCCAAACGGAAUUGGUUUAUGGAAAGAAUUUCAAUAUCCAUUUCAAGCUAGAUGAUGCGGCGGACAUGUCUAGUAUUAAGGUUACCAUGUAUCCGCCGCCUUUCACCACUCACGGGUACUCUGAGGGCCAAAGGAUGCUGAUUUUGGGACUCACCUCUGUGGCCAAGGAUACCAUCUCCGCCGUGGCGCCGUCCUCUGGCAAGCUUGCACCACCAGGCUAUUACUUGAUCUUUGUUGUGCACCGUGGCGUACCCAGCAAGGGAUUGGUUCUAAGGGAUAACGAGUUGGAGCUUUUGGAGAUGGCAGACACUCGUAGAAUCUCCCCCAAUCAAGGUAGUAGACAAAAAUUCAAUGACCCAUGUGGGCAAGAUCGCAAAAACUCGUAG